AUGAAAAUGAUAAUCAAGGCAGAAGAAAAGGAGUUCGUGUCAGAGGAGGGAGAGGAGCAGGUCAAGGAGGGAGAGGAGCAGGUCAAAGAGGGAGAGGAGCAGGCCGAGGAGGGAGAGGAGCAGGCCGAGGAGGGAGAGGAGCAGGCCGAGGAGGGAGAGGAGCAGGCCAAGGCGGGAGAGGAGCAGGCCAAGGAGGGAGAGGAGCAGGCCAAGGAGGGAGAGGAGCAGGCCGAGGAGGGAGAGGAGCAGGCCGAGGAGGGAGAGGAGCAGGCCGAGGAGGGAGAGGAGCAGGCCGAGGAGGGAGAGGAGCAGGCCGAGGAGGGAGAGGAGCAGGCCGAGGAGGGAGAGGAGCAGGCCAAGGCGGGAGAGGAGCAGGCCAAGGCGGGAGAGGAGCAGGCCAAGGAGGGAGAGGAGCAGGCCGAGGAGGGAGAGGAGCAGGCCGAGGUUUGA